UUUGGUUCUGCAUCAUGCAUCCCAAAGGCUGUAAAAAAUCAGACAGAAAUCAUCCUUUUCAAAGUAAAAAGCAUAAAGGAGUUCAAAAAGAGAGUCAUCAUUACAUUUUAUUAUAUUCGCAGAGAUGUCAGAAUCCAAUCAAACCAGCUGUGAUGGGAGACAAAGGAAUAGUGAUGGAACCUGCAAUGAUCUACAGCCGCCCUCUUCUUCAGUACCACUGAUUGUUGCUGAGCUCUCUGACAGCAGCGUGUACCUGAAGUGUACGUUUGAUGACAGUAGUGGGAACAGCUCUCUGGGAUAUGUAGUGACAUGGUGGCGACUCUCACCCGAGGGCAACAGAGAAGAGCUCAGGAAAGACACUACAAUAGAGACUUUUACUCUCAUCGAGCUGGAUGGGAUCAACCUGCGACUCGGAGACAGGAUCCAUUGCAGUUGCACUAGUUUUUUUCUGGAGUCUCCCAAUAUACAAAGUCUUCCUGUGGAGAGUGAAGAGUUUUAUGCAGGGAUCGAAAUGAAACCACAAGCUGUGUCUAUUUCAGAAGAUGGGAGAGAGUAUAAACUGACAGUGGAGAGCACCGUACCUUUACCAUGUUCCUCAGAGAGAUGCACUUUGCCUUUGCAUCUUGCUACUAGUAGUCAAGUGGCAGAUGAGAAGGACCUGGGUGUUGAUUUGGUCCUAUCCUCCUGUGAGGUUGAGCUGUUUCAAACCCCUUGUCAUAAUGGAUUCUGUAGCCAAGCAUCUGUGCACUACAGCGCAGUGACUGAUAUAUGGAAAGAUGGAGACAGAAGCACAGAAAUACACAUCAAACCUAUAAUCAGCACCAACUUCCUGUGGAAUGGGUACACUCCUCAAAGUGUGCAGAUUCUUGUGAAGGAUAUUCCCUCUGCUCACUGUUACUCUUUUACAGACCCUCACAUCAUUACAUUUGAUGGCAGGAGGUAUGAUAACUACCAGAUAGGCACCUUUGUACUGUACAGGAGCACUGCUCGGCCGUUUGAGGUGCAUGUGCGACAGUGGGAAUGCGCCGGCAUGACCACCCAUCCCACCUCGUGUGUCUGUGGCUUUGCAGCCAUGGACGGUAGUUAUGUGGUCACUUAUGACAUGUGUAAUGGGCUGGUGGGAGAGACAAAACCACGUCUCUCUGUGAAGAACGGAGAUCUGUUAAAGAGUGGCAUCCGUGUAAUUGAGUCCUACCAGGGCCGCAAAGUCACUAUUAUGUUCUUGUAUGGGGCAUUUGUGCGUGCGGAUGUGGCUGACUGGGGAAUGAGUCUGACUGUAAGGGCCCCGGGCUCUGAUCAAGGCCACACUGAAGGCCUGUGUGGAACCUUUGAUGGACAGCCAAUGAAUGACUACCACAAAGAGGGUGGAGAGACUGUGGAGGAUAGCACCUCUUUUAUCAACGCAUGGAGGUUGGCACCCAGUACCAGCUUGUUUGACAAGAUCCUCAUCUAUGAAAGCAACUCCAGUCUCCGCGAGUACUGCCAUUGUCAACAAGAGAAACACCAGUCAACCAGUGGAGCAUCGCCCCAGUCUACCGUUUCCUCCAGGUGUUCUUCCUCUACCCGUGUCCAAUCUCCCUCCAUCAUCCCUACUUUGGAUGUAACAGCUGAGUACAUCAGGUCUAUGCAACUUCAUAGAGAGACGUCCAGGCCCACCCAACACCUUCCAGCUCAGGGAAGCAGAACAAAUGCUCAGAGAUCCCAAAUUCAGAGACGCGUUAUGAAUCCCCAAAGAUCCCAGAGUCAAAGACGUAUUCUAAACCCACAGAGAUCCCAAACUCAGAGACGUGUCACAAACCGAAGCAGACGUCAAGAUGGAUAUUACCACUCCAGAUCAUCUCCACACCAGUCAGACCUGAAGGAGUCAACAUAUAAUUUCCCAGAGGACCAUUCUUCAUCGAAUUCACCUGAACCGCUAGUACCAUCCUGGCCUACUGAGUCAGGCCUGACGGAAUCCGAGGUCUGGCGGCUCUGCGAGGGAACCCUGAGGAACUCCACAGUGGGAUUGGGUUGUGGGCGUCUCCUGGGCGAGAUGCUGGAGCAGGCAUUGAAAAUGUGUGUGAUAGACCAACAACUAAAGGACGAUCAGGCCUGGAUAGGAGCCACUGUGCCCCUCCUGGAGAAUGAGUGUGAGAGGAGGGUGGUAGAGGAUGUUGGCAGGAGAAAGGAGAACCAGGAUGUUCUGGCUUCCCUCAGAUGCCCAGGCCUGUGUAGCGGGAAUGGACAGUGCACAGAGUGGGGCUGCUCGUGCUUCCCUGGAUUUGGCUCAUAUGAUUGCAGCCAGGUGUCUGACGAGACUCCAGAGAUCACAGAACUGGAGAACGGAGGACUGUGUGAUAUCCGUUAUGGCGUCUGUUCCUCUGUUAGGGUUCUUGGUCAAGGCUUUAAAAAGUCCUACAAGCUCAAGUGUGAAGUUGUGAAGGAAAAGAUAGUAAAUGGUGAAUGGUCUUUGGAUGAUGCUCGGCUGGUGCCCGCCUCCUUCCAGAAUUCAUCCUCAUUAGAGUGCCAGCUCCCUGUGGACGACCCACAAUCCUCCACCACUGCACACCAACCAGUCUUGCGCUGGCAAAUCAAAGUGUCUAAUGAUGGACACAGCUUCAGCAAUGCGAAGAUACUGACUCUUUUUGACGGCACAUGUCAGAUUUGUACAGUCAGCACCUCAGUGGUCUGCACCCUAAAGGACAGAACAUGUAACAUUGACGGACUGUGUUAUGAGGAGGGGAAUCACAGCUUGAGCAGCCCGUGUCUGACAUGCAGACCGGAUCUUUCCAAGUAUGGCUGGUCUAUUGCUGAGAAAAAUGAGGCACCGGUGUUUCACGCGGGUCAGCUCAGUCUGAAGACAUUCUAUGGAGAGAAUUUCGUCUAUCAGUUCUCAGCCACUGAUCCAGAGGGCUCUGCAGUUCUCUUCACGCUCAAGUCAGGGCCCAGAGAUGCUGUUCUUUCUCCAGCUGGCCUGCUCAUCUGGAAAGCUCUGUCCACCACACCAAUGACCUUUGAACUGGCUGUAACAGAUGACUGUAAUGCAGAGACACGUGCAGCAGUGAAGGUGUCAGUUCACCCUUGUGACUGUCAGAAUGGAGCUUCCUGUAUGACUAACAUUAACUUCCCCCCGGGAUCUGGUGAAUACCUGUGUGUUUGUCCUGCUGGUCUGGAGGGGGACAGGUGUGAAGUCGAUGUCGACGACUGCAGGUCAAACCCAUGCCUCUCGGGCACAUGUGUGGAUGGACUAAACUCCUUUACCUGCCACUGUCCGGAGGGCUUCACAGGUGUAAUCUGCGAUGAGGACAUUGAUGAAUGUUCAUCAGCUCCAUGUUACCCAGGUGUUUCCUGCAGAAAUACAAUGGGCUCAUUUGUGUGUGGACCCUGUCCUGAAUACCUCACUGGAGAUGGGACGACCUGCAACCAAAAGACAGUGGAUAAAACUGAUGAAGACAGUCAUGAAAUUACCUCAAAAAGUGAGAUUAACCUCGGCUCCUUCAAACCUAAGCUUGUUCCAGGGCAGAGCCCGUGUUCCAGUCGGCCCUGUUAUCCUGGAGUCCAGUGCUUUGAGAGCACAUACACGUCUGCUGGUUAUGUAUGUGGUCCGUGUCCCCCUGGACUCAACGGCAAUGGACAAACAUGCACGUCAAGGACAGCAAACAGGCAGAUAAUAUUGAGGGAGGGUGACAAACUCUCUGAUGUCAUCUCUUUGGCCGCGCCUUCUUCUACAAGGAAGUCAGCGGAACCUUCUAUUGAAGCUGAGAAAUCUCCUCUUAGCAGCAAGAGGACCUCGUCUGUUGAUAGGAAGACCACCACACACACCCUAGACUGGACCAACACGAAAGCAAAAGGCAGCUCAACCAGAGAGCAGCUGAAUGAAGAAGAAUUUAACCCUGAACACGCUGAGGACAACAGAACCUGUGCGGACUCCCCCUGUUUUUCUGGAGUAGCAUGUGAAGCCACAUCCUCUGGUUCCUUCAGAUGUGGAAGCUGCCCACACGGCUAUAGAGGAAAUGGAAUUACCUGCAAACCCAUGUGUCGUUACCCUUGUGGUCAGAAUAUGGAGUGCUCACAGCCCAACACUUGUACCUGUAAAGAGGGUUACACUGGAUACAACUGCCACAUUGCUGUUUGUCGACCAGACUGCAAGAACAAAGGGAAGUGUGUGAAGCCCAAUGUGUGUGAAUGUCCCGCAGGGUACAACGGCCCCACCUGUGAGGAAGCCAGCUGUGAUCCGCCUUGUCAACAUGGUGGCCGCUGUUUGUCCAGAAAUCACUGCACUUGUCCAUAUGGCUACGUGGGACCAAGAUGUGAAACUAUGGUGUGUAACAGACAUUGUGAAAACGGUGGAGAGUGUGUGUCGCCUGAUGUCUGUGAGUGUAAACCUGGCUGGUACGGACCAACAUGUAACUCAGCCGACUGUAAACCUGUGUGUUUAAAUGGAGGGACUUGUAUCAAACCAAACAUCUGCGCUUGUCCUAGUGGCUUCUAUGGUUCACAGUGCCAGAUAGCUCUGUGUAAUCCUCCAUGUAAAAACAGAGGCCAGUGCAUGAGAAACAACGUGUGCUCCUGUCCUGAAGGAUACACUGGGAAGAGAUGCCAGAAAAGUGUGUGUGACCCCAUGUGCAUGAACAACGGAAAAUGUGUCGGUCCAAACACCUGUUCCUGUCCAUCUGGAUGGAGAGGAGGGAUUUGCAACAUCCCGGCAUGCUUACAGAAAUGUAAAAAUGGUGGUGAGUGUGUGGGGCCGAACACCUGCCACUGUCCAGCUGGAUGGGAGGGUCUGCAGUGCCAAACUCCAAUCUGUCAACAAAUGUGCCUCAAUGGGGGGAGAUGUGUUUUCCCAAAUUUCUGCCACUGUCGUCAAGGUUACACUGGACCUUCCUGUGGUACUAAAACAAGGUGAUGAAGAUGUGACAUUGAAGACAACAUUCUGUUUCUCUGUAAUAAAUAAAUGGUGUGUGUGU